AUGGGAGACUGUAAGGGAAUCUCCACACCAGCAACUCCAAAAGAUAAGAUGUCUGCUAUACAAAGCCGCCCAAUGAUUGAUCCCACGUUAUAUCAGAGUACAGUAGGUGGAUUGCAAUACUUGAGUUUAACCCGACCCGAGGUCUGUUAUUCAGUUCACAAGGUUUCUCAGUUUCUUCAUGCACCUACUGAGGAUAAUUGGUGUUCGAUUAAGCGUAUAUUGAGGUAUCUCAAGCACACUGUUGGUUAUGGUCUUUACAUCUCCAAAUCAGCAAAUACAGAUUUGAAUAUAUAUACUGAUGCUGAUUGGGUGAGUGACAUUGAUGAUCGCAAGUCUACCACAGGUUAUGCUAUUUUCAUGGGCAUAAAUCUCAUAUCUUGGAAUUCCAAGAAACAACAAACAGUUGCUCGUUCAUCAACAGAGACUGAAUAUUGA